CAAAAAGGCUCCACUAGUCCAACAAUGAUGAUGAGGAAACCGGACAUCACUACGACUAGAGACAAGGGCAAGCCAAAUCAUGCAUGUGGUGGUAAUAACAACAAACCUAAGCUAAGGAAAGGACUUUGGUCGCCUGAUGAAGACGAGAAGCUCAUAAGAUACAUGUUGACCAAUGGACAAGGAUGUUGGAGUGACAUAGCUAGGAAUGCUGGUCUUUUACGAUGUGGCAAAAGUUGUCGCCUUCGCUGGAUCAAUUACUUGAGGCCUGAUCUUAAACGCGGCUCUUUUUCUCCUCAAGAAGAGGAUCUCAUCUUCCAUUUGCAUUCCAUUCUUGGUAACAGGUGGUCUCAAAUAGCUACUCGGCUUCCUGGUAGGACAGACAACGAGAUCAAAAACUUUUGGAACUCGACAUUGAAGAAGAGGCUAAAGAACAACAACAACAAUACUUCAUCAGGAUCAUCACCUAAUAAUAGUAAUAGUAAUUCCAUGGACCCAAGAGAUCUACAUGUGGACAUGGCCGGAGGCAACUCAACUCCCAUGAUUGAUGGAUAUCAUCAUCAUGAUGACAACAUGAUAAUAGUGGGGAACACCAUGAGCAUGGAAUCUUCUUCCUCAUUCAAUUUUGCACCGAUGGUUAAUAGUGUGGGCUUAAACCAGCUUGACGAUCCCUUGAUGAUAUCAUCAUUGCCGGAUAACCGAUAUCACCAAAUGGGAAACACAGGGAAUGUUUUCAACGUUAAUGGUUUAGAAGAUUAUGGAAACACAAUUCUUGAUCAAGCAAGCAAGAGAGUAUCAGUAGAAGGUGAUCAUUGGUUUCUUCCCCCCUCGGAGGGUACCAAUAUCAUUGCUUGUAGUACAAGCAACAACAACCUAAACUUACAAGUCCUUGAUCCUUGCUUCAAUAGCAAAAAUAUAUGUCAUGCAGAAAGCUUCAAGGUAGGGAAUAUGUUAGGGAUGGAGAAUGGAGAAUGGGAAAUAGAAAACCCUAAAAUCGGUGAUUGGGAUUUAGAUGGUCUCAUCGAUAACAACUCUUCUUUUCCCUUCCUUGAUUUCCAAGUCGAAUGACGACAAUUUCUCUUUCUUUUCAUUCUAUCUUCUUUUACUCAUUUCUCAUUCAUUCUUAUAUACAUAUUUUUUUAAUCAUUCAUCUGGUUCAACCUUACCAUUAAUAUACAUACUUCUUCUACGGGAGCACGAAUAUGAAGUUGAUCCUCUAUAUUCUCUCUAUAAGAGUCUCAUUUUAUUUUUGGUAAAAAAAAAAGUCUUCUUUCAAUCAGAAUUGGUCUCUAUAUUCCCUUCUUGUCCCUUUAUUUUUCCCAUCAUAUGUGUAUUAUUCACAAUAAGAUCGAUAGUUCAUGGAAACGAGAGGGAUAUGCAUAUAUAGUUUAUAUCUUUAGGUGGAGGAACCAAAAUCACCAUGCAUGGUUCCCAUUAGUAUAUACAUGGAAAUGUGAAUAGGAAUGUUUCAUUUAAGAUUUUAUUUGCUGAGGAAGUACUUAAAUAAAAUGGCCCAUACACACAGCAGAGUGAGGUGAUUAGUUUGGUUCAUUUUGUAUAGUUUUUUUCUUUCUUUUCAAAUUCCUUUUUUUGUACAAAUCUCUGAGGUUGAUGUGUAAUACACGGUUUCGUAAUAAGAAAGCAUUAUCUU